AUGCAAAGAGUAUACGGCAUGGUACGUUUCCUGUGCCCCACUCACACCACGCAGUCUCCUACGCAGUAUCCCGAUGCGCAGCCGACGUUGCUGACGCAGGCACGCUUGGAAGAAAAAGAGCCAUCUACGCUGCCCAUCCAUAUCAGCAUGACCGACCGUGUGUUACAGGACCGGCGAGAUGCACAGAUGCACACCAACAGGCGGCAACGACGCUCCGAAACCGGCAAGUUCUCGCAGCAGUCGUUCUCGCCGCCGCCGCCCGGCCUUGCAAUGUCUCAAUCGAGCGAGUCGACGAUGGACACACUGAGUAAAUCGUCGGGAUCUCCUUUUCAGGAAGCGACGGUUCCCAAAGAAGAAGUGCCUGUUUUGGAGCCCGCUGCACGCUCCACACGCAGCGCGGAACGCCUAGCUGCUGGGUCGGGCGUUGCCGCGGUGCCUCUGCGCGCGCGAAGCAACUCGAUUGCGCAGAAGCACGACUCCAAGGUUUUGUUUGACGACACCAAAGGCCGCUCUGAGCGCAUGUCGAUGCUGACGUACGACGAGGUAGCGCUGACUACCGAGGAACUUGAGGCGGACAUUGCACAAGCGCGCUAUGCGAUGCAUCUGUUCCUCAACAGCCGCAUGACGGAAGCAUACGAGCACGUCUCUGCAAAGUCCGAGCGGCGCCUGUACUAUGCCGUGGCCUUUGCGUUGCUCUCCACCAUUAAAGGCGUGAUGACAUUUGAGCGGGAGGAUCUUGCCACGGCCAUCUCGCACUGCCGCGACGCGCUGACUGUUGCGUCGCUCUUGCGAAAACGCGCCUCGGCCAUUUCCUGCUUUGGCCGCUUUGUCCGUGGGGUGGGCCCAUCGGUCAGCUGGGUUGCAAGCAUGACGCCUGUCGAGCGUCACGCCGAGCUGGUGUACGCCGAGUGUGCUUUGCUCAAAGCCGUGCUUGGCAUUGCCCUCUCUGGCGACCUGUUUGGCUUCCUUUCCGAGGCUCUCAAUUUGCGCAGCGCGUACGGCACGUACCACAGCCUGCUCAAGUAUAUCGAGUGGGAAGACGAGAGCCCCGAGGCGCGCAAGCGCGGCAUACAUUCCGAUAACGAUUUCCGGAGCGGUGUGUACCUCGGCGCGGGCUGCAUGAGUCUUAUUCUUGGCCUGCUCCCCGGAAAGCUGCUGAAAGUUAUGGAAGUGUUUGGCUACGAGGGCGACGUUGCCGUUGGCCUCGAGCUCCUUUCGAAGUCUGGCGGCUGGUCUGCAGCGCCCACGCCCGGGAUCAGCACGGAAAAAGAAGGAAUCCGCCGCGUCUUGUGCGACAUGACCAUGCUCACCUACCAUUUGGUUGUGUCCACCUUUGUUCCUGUGCCUGAUGUUGACAUUCCCUUUGCCGCCAAGCUGCUUAAUUUCCACCUUGCGCGGUACCCUGAAGGUGUCUUUUUCCUCUACUUCCACGGGCGCCUAUACUCCACACAGUCGCUCUCGCGCGAAGCGAUCCGCUGUUUCCAGCGCGCGCGCGAUAUUCAAGAAGAGUACGUGCAGCUCAAGCAUAUCUGCUAUUGGGACAUGGCCCUGUGCAACAUGUCGCUUGGGCAGUGGCAGGAUACGUACGUCGACUUUACCAUUCUUGCCGAAGAGAACAAUUGGUCCAAGGCCGUCUACACCUAUGGCCGCGCUGCGAUGCUGUACCAGAGUGGCGACCGUACCAAGAUCCAGCAAGCCCAGGAAAUAUUUGCCACCGUCCAGUCCAAGACGCAAAAGAUAGCAGGGAAAAGCAUUCCGCUGGAAAAGUUUGUCGCGCGCAAGGCCAACAAGAUUCAAGCGCAGGGCCACUUGGUCCUCCCCGCAAUGGAGUUUGCCUACAUGACCCACUGCUACACAACUGCAGCCCACUCUUCGCUUACAUGCACGCUGCUUCCCAUGGUGGAGCAGAAACUAAACGAGCUGGAGGCGAGUGCGGGUGCAGAGAUGGACGAUGUGUGUCUCGCGCACUUCCUCCGCGGCGUCAUUCUCCGCAACAUUGCCUACCCCGAGCAACAUACCAAAUUCCGCGCGCGGGACCGGCGAAUUCCCGUCGCCGAAGCCGCGCGCGCAGCCGAGGAAAACUUGCAAUUUGUGGCGACCAACGGCACACAGCUCGUCUACGACCACUAUCUGCUCUACUUUUCCCACUACGAGCUAGGCCGCCUGUACAUCUCGCAGCGCCGUGAUAAAGAGGCUCGUCAUGAGCUGGAACUCGUAUUGAGUGGCAAGAACCUGGGCGAGCAAGGGCGUAAAGGCAAGUACAGUAUGCAAAACAUGGCCGCGUUGCGCUCCAAUGGCGCGCUGGAUCUGCUCCGUUAG